UAGAUGUCAAGGACCAACCACGCCAAAUAUUCCUUCAUAUUUAACAGUUUUCCUGUGACCAGAUACCUUAUCUGAUUGGUCGAGAACAGUGCACGUGAUGCAUUGAAUUGUUGCAUUAUAGAAAAGUUGAUAUAAAACGUGCACUAAGGCCCAUCGACUUGGAGAACUAUCAUGGAAGACCAUUCAGGUUAAGGUACAAUAUAAUAGUAUCUCUUUCGUUGGGACGGAUUUUGAAAGGUUUGCAGCUUUUGGAAUUUUCGAUAAUAUUUACCAAUCACCUAUCACCCAACCCAAAAGGAUGCGCUAACACCGAAAAAUCUGAGACAAAAAUGUUUAUUCAUGUUGAUGAAAAAGUCAACUGUGUGAGGAAGUCUAAAAAGGACAAUCAAUAUUUAACGCUCGAGAAUUACACAAACAAAAUUCUUUUGGGAUUCAUCGUUUGAGAAGCUAUGGCUGAACCUGUUAUUUGCCUCCUUAUAUUAGAAUGUUUCUGCUGUCUCAACAAUGGCGUCCAAGAUAAGACCAAUGGGGCUGUUCCUGGUGGAUAUCCAAUGUGUGAUACAGGGUGCAAAGACAUUGUAGACCCAAGUGCAAUAUUUAAAAAGGAAAUUCUCUUCACGACAGUGGGAGAAACAAUUCUUUACUUUCCCGAUUUGACACACCUGUGGCCUUUAAAAAAUGAUGUACCAGACACAAUCAUUCCCAGAAAUAACAUCAAGGAAAAUGUUAACAAUAGAAAUGGUACAAAUCUGCAUUUUGUUAGCGCGAUAGAAUAUGAAGGCGAAUCUGAUGAUUUCAAAAGGCUAAGAAGAUUCGAUAGAUUUUUGAGGAGCAACGGUCUAAAGCCCCAACUAUAUAGUGGCAGUCACCAUAGAUCUAAACGUGAAUUGCUCUCUCAACAACCUGUGGAUAAAGCGAUUGUUUUGCCUGACACGACCUCUGAUAUCACAUUUGAAUGCGCCACCGAUGGAACCUUACCAGCCGUUGCAUGGUAUGCAUUCACGGAAGAAACUGGUGGCACGUAUAAGAUAAGUCAUAACGGCGACAUAGAGGCCACAGCACCAUUUGGAAGCUACUCGGUAGCAAAUACUUAUGACAUCACAAUUAUUGAUGCAACAAAGGCCGACGCUGGGCGAUACGUAUGUUCCUCCCUUGUACCAACUGAGGACCUUGCUAUAGCAUAUCUGACCGUCGUUGAUCCCCAGCCGUGUGCUAAUUUGUUCGUACCUGUAACGGAGGGAGACGAAGUUUCUCUCGAAUGCUCUGCUGAUUACUAUGGAGCACAAUCGUACGAUUCUCCCUAUGUACCAGAAAUACUUUGGUAUGUAAAUAACAACUUAGUGACAUCAGGAAUUACGGUGACGGGAACAAACACAUCUAAACCAGCUCCUGUUUCUAGUGUAGAUGGAAGAGUGUCAUCGACCUACACAUUUACUGCUGGAAACGAAAUGGAUAUGAUAUAUUUCGAUUGCCGAUUAUUUUUGGAAGGCGAUGAAACUAGUCCUCAAAUUACAGAACAAAACAUAUGUCACAUUAAAUUAGAUGUCACUGCAUUACCAGUUAUAGCCAAUCCAGGGCCAACUGAUACAUACAUUUUAUUGGAUGGCGUCAGCUCAACAUCCGUGGAACUGGAGUGUAAUGUAGACACUGGUGUAUAUGGAUUUGUGUCAUGGAUAGGGAAUAGUGAUAGAUUGACUGCAGCUGGCAACAGUAGAAUAUCUGUAAAUGAAAACGUUGUUGCAAACACUGACCCUGGUCAACCCACUUUUGAUAUAGAAACCGGAACUACAUUUACACUGACGAUUGAUGAUAUCACAGAAGAAGAUGCUGGGUAUUAUGCCUGUCAAGACAUUAUGACUGGGAAUUAUUUGGGCGAGGCAAACGUCGUUGUUCUAAACCCAGUGACAUGUGCUGCAGAAAUAUUGACCGUAGUACCUGGUGGAGAUGACUUUACGGUGGAUUGUUCAAUUGAAUUCUUCGGCGCAGGGGAUACAUCCCAAGAACCAAUUGUUACGAUUGAACUAGACGGGGUUGAGGAAACAGUGAUAACGGACUCAAGCACAACUGCCAGAAAGAGCAUCUCUGUCACUAAAUCUGCUUCCUCUGUAGUAGACGGUCAAGUUUUUACUUGUAAUGUGGCCCAAGAGUCGCUUGGACUGAACAAAACCGAGUUAUGCAGAGUUACAGUCAACAUUCUUGGUAUAACCUUUUGUACAACGUUUCUUCAAAUACACACUCAUAUUGUAAAGAUAAAUACAUCAUAUUUAAAAAAUUAAAAACAUAUUAUAAUAGUAGAUAUUCUAAUUUUGAAAUUUCGAAUUCAGAGAUACCCUGUAUGCAGCGUUUAUUUCAGCGUUAGAUACAUAAUACUAGUAUUGUGACGUCUUCUAACUGUAUUAGUAACCACUGUGUAAUAACACAUGUCUACGCUGAUUAACGCACUUCUAAGCUUACGUAACUCUUGACGUUUGGCCCUUUAUCAGAUUGGUCUUAACAAAACCCAUCGGAUAAAGACAAAUGUGAAGUUAUGUCUUUCGCAAACCCAUUACAUUGGUUCACGUUUACUUUGAUGGCAUCAUCGCAUCGAUGUCUCCAUCGGGUCUAAUGUGCCAAUAUAGUGGUGUGAUAAAACCAAAAUAGAUGCUUGCCAAACAUUUUGACGUUAGUUAGACCUCUAACCUUGUCAAAUAGGUAAACAUACCGAUUAUGCCUGUUAUUCAAAGAAGACAGACUCGAUCACAUUUUAUCAUUUAAUGGUCACAUGUUGACCCGUGUUAGCUAUGACAUCGUCUUCGUUGGUAACUAGGCUAUAAUCGAAAAGACAUGAACAUAAACAUUAUCCAAAUUUUUAUUUCAAACCUAGAGUAAAUAUGCAAGAGAUAUCAGAAUGAAUUGUAUACUAUUUACAACUUCCUUUGGAGUCAUUUGGUCGAGAGGCAUUUUUUCAGAUGUACUUGAGGAGGGUUAGCUAAAGACGGGUAAAGAGAGAGCUGUCGAGGAGCCAGUUAGUUACAUAAUCCGAUCGUGCGCGAGUUACAGUGAACAAAAAUGAUUCGGGAAGUUAUUUAAAACCGAUCGUCUUCAUGAUAUGAAGCAAAAAGGAAUUGGUAGGGCAGCACACUAACGUGUUAGGAAGUUACCACCGACAAUACAUAAUCAUAGUGAUUCAUGUGAAAAUCGAACAUACAUUACAACCAUCGUCAUUGUGAUCUAUAUACAAUCCAGACGCCUCGUAUUCGUAUAAAAUACAUGGAUGAAAAUACAAAUAAACUUUUUUCAAUGAACAGCAAAGGAAAGGACAAUCAUAAAUGAUACUCUAGUCUUAUAGUGAUUUUAUCAGUGUAUUUAUAUCUACCACUACACAUCUAUCUUACAUUGGUAUUCUACAUAGUGUAAACGUCUCGUGAUGUUUGAGUUUUAUGUUAUAUUUAUAAAUAGUGUUAUGAGCUUUUCUCUUUUUAUGAAUGAUUCAAAGAGACAAUUAUUAAAUAGCUCAAAGUCAAAAAGUAUUAUAUAUUAUAGUUAUGUAAAUAUAUAUUAUUAUAUUUUGUACGUUUUAUAUUUUACUAUACAAGAAAUACGUCGGAAUGUUUGAUAUUCUGGUUGUUUUUAGAUAUAAUGAAUUAUACAGGGCAUUCAAUAAGUAAAGCUAAUUUUGCCCUCAAACCUUUAUUUUUCGUCAUUCAUCAAAAAGAUCUAUAUUGAGAUAUACUGAAUAAUACCAAAAUGGUGGUUGUCAUGGUAACGUGGUUACAGGUUCUGCGAAGCAAUUUUAAUAAUUCACAGCAUAGUAGAUUUUGUUAACAUUAGUUUCUGUCCUGCCU